AUGACCGUAAUACUGUGCACAGGGGGAUCAGUUUUGUUCCUUGCCAACGGAUUCAAGGGGCGUUCAGUGGACUAUUCGGCCCAGCGUUACCGCUAUCGUUCAAUUCUCACCAGCGCUGAAACCUUCUUACAGAUAUAUACUGCCACCGGAUACGCUGUCUCAUGGCUUGAAGAUCUGGCCGGCGUGAUGCAUGAUUGGCAUGACGCACGCAAUGCGCAUCUGGAAUCUGGAUCAUUCACGGUCCCGCAUGCGCAGUAUCACUUCCUUAGUAACAGCAAUGUUCAUCACCGUCCAGAAGACUUCUCUGUGGAAGAUGGUUACGGUUACGCCGUGCCCCGGAGAAAUAAUGGAACCGGUGGGCCGUGCCUAUUGCGUGAUCCCCCGCGAUCAAACCAUGAAGCAUGUAGUCUACCGGAUCUCACCGGAGGCAGAAUACCACCAGAAGGUUGCAUAAUUGGCGGCGGGCGCCUCCUCGCAUCUUAUUCGCGGAGUGUUGCUCUACCUACUAGACUGUUGCGGUACUCCCUGUACCGUGUCUGGCAAAUUAUAAAUUCCCGGCGCAGGAAGUUGCAUGUUGCACCUCAACGUUCAACAUUGGAGUCGGUAACGUCCCUCGAAAGUACCGUGCAAAGCACUAUACAUACACUCCCGGACUAUUCUAUCUCCAUGGGUAGUAUUUACGCUUCCUCUCUUGCACUGCUGCCACCUCGAGAAUGUUUUCACCACUGCACCACACUUGACAUGUCGAAAGUUGUCGUUGCGACGAUCGUGGUGUACGAUUUUGUGUCUAACCUGGACGACGAGAUCAACUACCUCUUGAAUUCUCGAACGACAUUGGCAAAAGGGCUAUUUCUUGGAUGUCGUUACAUACCCUUCGUGAUAUUAACCCUGCACGUUGCAAUGGCCUUCUCGUGGGGCGUGGAGGCUUGCCUAUGGCUUGCUCAAAGUAACAUAUUGUUCCUUGGGAUUCUCCUGUUAUGUGCGGAGUGUAUCUUUGUCCUACGAACGUAUGCGCUAUGGAACCGUGAUCGACAUGUUCGGAAAGCGUUGUUGAUAUUUUUUCUCGCACUUCUCUGUGGAGUGAUAACACUGCUAGUAGCAUGCGGGAUACGAUUGAAAAAGUCUAUUUUCACAUCUAGUUGCUACUCCUCUACUCCGAUACCGGUCAGCUUCAUUCUUACACCCUACAUCAUUUUGUUACUCCUCGAAAUAGAAGUUGUUUGUCUCACCUUUUACAGGAUCAUAAGAUACUACCGUGCCACACGCUGCCGACUUUUAACGUUGGUUACCCAACAUAGCGUAGGCUAUAUCCUUG